AGGCAUACCGGCUUCAGCAUCGGCCCAGGCUGGCCACCUCGGGCAGCUCUGGACCACCGCGGCGCCGCAGAGGGCGGCAGCGGAGACCCCCCCCCCCGCGCGCCAUGCUCGCGCCCGAGGAGCCCCCCCGCGCCGCGCGGCGCCCGCCCUGCUGCCCGGAGCUGGCCGCGGCUGCCGAGGCGAGCGACUCGGAGGAGUCCACGGCGUGCGGCAGCAGCCGCGCGGGCACGCCCCCGGAGAGGCACGCGCCGAGGAUCUGCUUCCGCGACCCCGCGCUGGCCGAGGUCGUGGAGGUGGAGUCCUGGAAGGAGCACAACAGGUUCACCGUGGAGGACAAGGCCCGCGCGGAGAGCGAGUGGCGGUCGGGGCUCCUGGCGCGGCUGCAGGGCGCGCGGGGCACGGCGGAGCAGCGGAGCGCCGUGGAGCAGCUCGAGGGCGCCGUGGUGGAGCUCGCCGCCGCGGGCGAGGAGAGCGGCAGCCUCGCGGUGCAGAGGGCGCUGGAGCUGGCGCCGCUGCUGCAGCGAGUGAGGCUGAUAGGCGAGCUGCACGGCUGGGUGGCGGGCUUGCUGCGUUCUGCGCACGGCGAUGGGGUUUUGCGGACCUGCCUGCAGCUGCUGCCCAGGGCCUGCGGCUUCAUCGCGCGUGAGGUCGACGGCCACGCCGUCGACUGCCUGCGGCUCCAGGGUGGCGCCGAGUUGCUCGGCGAACUGCUCCGCCGGCUGCCCACAGCACAGGUGGCCCCCAUCAAGGCCGAGCUGCUUGGGCAUCUGGACCAGCUCUGCUACCAUCCGCAAGGAGGGCAAGUCAUAGCCAGCUUGCUCGGAUGCGGCACGCGCAAAGAUCAACAGCAGACCGCCCAGAUCUUCUCAGAGCAGAUGGAGAUCAUGGAUGAGUUCCCAAGGGGAGUCCUUCACGAUCACAUCCGUGCGGCCCCUGCCUCGUACCAAACCUAAUGCUGGGGUGCCAGGAAUAUGGAUGCACAGGACGUUGUUGGCCUGGGCGAGAGCUGGAUACACAUGUCGCCGCAUGUCUUUCGCACGCUCAGCCCACCGCGUCCGUAUCCAGCGCGUCGGGCCGCCUCAUGUGAACCCAGCCAUGUGUGCUUCCAGGUUCCUGGUACAGUUGCUUCCUAUCGACCUUCCUUGGCUGCCGGCCGACUUGCCUGAAUACCCAUGCUUAUUCACACAUACAGCGCGCUCAGACACAGCACUGUGCGCUCCAAUUUGAUUGAGCGUCAAAGGCCCUCUUACAGAUGAUUUCUUAGAAGUCGGUGUGGGCGGAGUGCGAGCAGGCAGAGACGGCAAUGCAGGCCAGAGAUCGUAUCUUCCAUAUCGAAGCAUGUUUGUUGUUCCAGCUCUUGGGAACCCAGCAAGGACUGGUACCCAGGGCAACCAAUUCUUCUACAGGUGCAAAGUUCUGUGGGCCGUCUAGCACGCGAGCAUGUGGGGAAUGUGUCUUCCUAGAUGUACGCAAGUUACGUUCAAGAGGAUUCAUACCCUCGUGCUCUUGAGCGGUCUGACACUUCUUAGGAGGCUCUUCCUUCAACUCUGAUAUGGCAGGCAAAUUGCCUGACGCCUGGCAAGGGGGAACCCCUGAGAGUGCCAGGAUGUGCAUACAUCAGCCUCCGGUAGAACGUAGUGAUGCAUAGUGCGCACUUGUGCUGCCCCAGAAAAGCCCA